UGACAGAGAUGGAAGUGAAGCUGCAGUUCAGCGUCUUCGUGCUACUCAUACAGGUUUCACUGGCGGUGUGGCAGCGUGUGACUGUGAAGAAAGGUCAAACACUCAGCCUAAGCUGUCCUAUUACUAACGCUCACAAGUCUCAUGUGGACUGGAAGAACCCUGAAGGAUAUAUUAUGUUCUUCAAUGAAAAACAAGCUUUAAAGGACAAACGCUACAGCAUCAAUAAAUUCUCUGAGUCGGAGUUCUCCAUCAGUAUUUCCAGUGUCACUUUUAAAGAUGGAGGAAAUUACACAUGCUCCCACUUCGACCAUCCAAUGACAGAAAAGAAAUUUGAGGUGACAGUCUUAGAUUAUCCCAAAAUGACAGUAACACGUCAUGAUGGAAAGAUUGUCAUUAAGUGCGUUGCCGAGGGGAACCUUUCGCCUCCCAACAUCUCCUGGAAAUUUGAUAAGGAUCCUGAAUUUUAUGGUGAUGUACAUUUCCGACAUGAAGAUAAAAAAUAUGUCUCUCAGGCGAUGCUGCAUAUUUUCCCGCCGGAGAAAAGAGUCUCUGUAAAAUGCCUUGUUCGCCACCCUGCACUGCAUUCCCAGCCUUUGAUGGACUUUGUCAAUGUUGGACGAAACUCUAAAAGGCGCCACCACACGACCACAGUUAAGCCUCAAGUGUCCACAAGGAAGCUGGAAACAACAACCAGCUGGAUCAGAGAUAGUAUAACGGCAGAGUCCUUCACAACUGGAGAUGUGAACAGGCCUGCUACAUCCACAGGCUCACAUCUGAGUGCUACUGAUAACUCAACCGGGGUGAGCAAUGACACCACUAGUGAGGCAACAAACACAACAGGAUGGAUAUUUGUCUCUAAUACAACAGAAAACAUCUCUUCCUAUAACAACACGGACAAAAUAGGAAGCUCUGACACAAAUAUGCAAAAAGGAAGUAAGAGAAAUUCAUCACUACUGGUCCUUCUAGUGACAUGCCUAAUCUUUGGCCUUCUGGUGGUGGUUAUUUUUUUUGCCAUCAAACUGAGGAGAGCUCACCUAGCCUGGAAGAGAGAGAAUGAAGAUUCUAAUCCAUCAGAGGAGAGCAGUAAAUCCAAAUCAAGCCAGGAGGAGAAAGGCCUCCAAGCACAAAGAAAAAGAGCACCCUUCAACACAGCAUUCACACAGUAUGUUAUUGAAGAACCAACGACGUCAGCGCUAACAGAGAGUGUCAACAAAGAACACACCUUGCAACCUCAACCCGCAGCACAAACUUCGGCCAAAUCUGAUAUAAAGGAGACAUCACUCUAGAACUGUGUAAAAUACAGCUUUAAUGAUAUCAGCAAAACCAUUAUGCUCACACAUAAGCUUUAUUAACUGCAAAUUUAGCACAGUGUGUGCAGUGUUUACAACAUUACUCAUUAAUUAUUAGCAAAAGCACGCUAAUACCGUGUUAUCCCUCUGCUUUGGUCUCAAACAGCCUCAGUUUUUGGUGUCUUGGAUUCCAUAUGAUGUUAGAAAAACUCCUCUGAGAUUCUUCUCCAUGUUACAUGACUGUGCCAUACAUUUUUUGCUGAUUUUUGUGAUUUUGUCAUGCUGCAAAUCUACCAUUCCG